CCAGGUUGAUCGUUUUCAAAACUACAUUACCCAGCAUGCAACGCUGAGGGAGAACUGACAAGGCGACAGCUACAUCUCUUAGGGUUGUGUAUCCUGGUUACGGGAGAGGAGGACUGUGGUGGGUGUGGAGAGCGGGGGUCCAGAUGGGAGAGAACGAAGCCGUCAUGGCGUCUCACAUGGAGAAGUUCACCCUGGGGAUAAGCAAGAUUCUGGAAUCAUCUCCAGGGGUGACAGAGGUAAAGAUUGAGGAGAUUCCCCCGGCAGAGCGCCACACGUUGGUCUCCUGGGAGCAGAAAAACUCCUGCACAUUACCAGAAGAUCUGAAGAACUUCUAUCUGAUGACCGAUGGCUUCCACAUGUCCUGGUCAGUGAAGCUGGAUGAUAACCCCGUCCAGGUCGGCUCUAUGGUAAUCAAUAGCAUUUCCAAUCUGACUCCCCUGAGAGGUUCCUCAUCCUACCUGCUGCCCAACUCACCAACACUUGCAGACCUGGAGGAUGACUCAGACGAGGAAGGACUCCAAGAAAAGCCACACUUUGAUUCCAGGAAUGUGAUUUUUGAACUGGAUCCAUGCAAUGGAAUCGGGAAAGUUUGUCUUGUUUACAAGAAACAUAAACCAGACGAGAAGCCUUCUGAACCUACAAUCUGGUUUCUGGACCGUGCUCUCUACUGGCAUUUCCUUACAGACACAUUUACAGCUUAUUACCGGAUACUUCUGUGUCACCUGGGACUACCACAGUGGCAGUACUCCUUCACCAGCUAUGGGCUGAGUCCACAGGCCAAGCAAUGGAUGAACAUGUACAAACCCAUCACCUUCAGCCCGCUGCAGCUGUCCGAGGAUCCAGAGUCUUUCAUCAACAAACUGGACCCAAACAAGAUUUUCAAGGGCAAAAACAAAACCCCCAUAAUCAAGAAGAAACUCCCGGGACCACCCGCAGGCUACCAGAAGAACCCCCCUCCUUCCUCCAAAAAACCUGAGCAGCCUGGUGUGCCACGGAAGUGACUGCAUCUUUUAUCUUCUAUUCCUAUCAUAUUUAUUUAUAAACAUGGACAAACAUUGUGCCUAUUGGAUGUAAAUUGUAGCUUUUUUUUUUAAUUAAUUAAUUUAUUUUAAGACACCCUAAAAUAAAUGCAGCUUUUCAUUCUGUGCCUAGGAUCAGAUGA